UGAGGAGCGGAGCCGCCUGAAGCUGGAGCCUCCCUGAGCAGUAGAGUAUACAAGCUGGUUCCCGAACGCAGCGCUGGGACAUGAUGCGAGGCGGCAGCAGUGGGCCAGCGGAGGAGUGGGCAGACUCGGGAGCUGAGACUGCAGGCUCUGAUUCCAGCAGGAUGUCUUCAAGUAGUGAAUUUGUGCUGGAAGAGGGUCAAGAUCCCUUCCAAAUGACUGUGCAUCUGCUCGCAAACCCUGGUGAAUCUCAAGGAUUACAGAAAACACUAGACUGCUUAUUACAUUGGUUAAGCCCAGAUAUCCAGUUGUUCCACGUUUCUGAGCGAGCAACGCCAGUAAAAUGCUGCGAAACACAGCGCAGAAAAAAGUCUGGAUACCCAUCACACUCUGUUAUUCUAUUCCUACAUGAAGACUUUGGUGAAGAACGAAUCUUACAAGUUCAUGACUUUUUUCAGGGGCCACCAUGGCAUUAUCAUCACAGUGAAAGUGUGGGUGGGAAAAUCCUUCCUUAUAUGAUUUGUUGUCAGGACUUCUAUUCUUUGGAUGCUAGCAUGCCGAUCUGGGCUGUAAGACAAGUGCACUAUGGGAAUGAGAUCUUGCGAGUUACUGUAUGCUGCAGCAAUGAAAACUUUGAAGAUGCUGUCAAGCUCUAUGAGUUAAUUUUGCAAAAGAAAGCUGCUGUGCAGAAAACUGACUUCUGCUGUUUCACAGUGUUCUCAAGCCAGAGUUUCAGUAUCCAGCUGUCCUUAAAACAGUUGCCGCUUGGAGUUCCUGUAGAUCUCAAAGUAUCGGCUGUUCUUCAGUUCAGAGUGCAUGCAAUUGGAGAGCUGGUGCCACUUCUUCCAAACCCGUGCAUUCCCAUCAGCAACGCAAGAUGGCAAACUGAAGACUAUGAUGGAAACAAGAUCCUUUUCCAAAUCAAAGGGAGAAUGCAGUACUUGGAUAGAAGUUGCUCUGCUGGCGGUGGUUUGAACAAUUAUUCAUGCAGUUCAGUGCCAUGCAAUCAAACUUCACUUUCAGAAAGGUGGCUGGACAACCAAAUGCCUCAGGACAAGAGCAAAAUGGUCUCCGCUUUGACUGAAGAUGAACAGGAGAGGAGAUGUGUGAAAGGAAAACAAAGAAACAGUUUACAUGGAAUGCUGGACAGAAUUGAAAGCGCCUCAGAGAGUUUGUGCAGCACACCCAAAAGUAGUUCCUGUUACUCAUCACAGCGCAGCAGUCCAGCAACGUUGUCUCGCUGUGAUCCAGCGUAUUGUUACAACAUGUCUACAAAGUUCCAAAGCUUUGAACAUGAAACCACCACUGGACCACAAAAUGCAGAAACUGAUGUUGACACUGGAUUCAUAAUUUCAAAGACCAGCUUGUCUUCUGAUGACAGCCUCUGUUCUUUAGACACAUUUUCAACAGGUUUAAAGAACAGUCUUCCUAAUUUAAGUUCAAAAAGCUUUGCAUUAAAAUCAACAAUAAGUGCUGGACUAAAAAAUGAAAUGUCUUCUGAGAAUAUCAGUUUUUUGAGCAAAAAAUGGCAAACUUCCAACUCUGAGAAAAGUACGCCUUUUCAUCAACAAACAUUCAAAGCCUCCCAACAAUCUUAUGCAAGUGGUGUGGAGGAAGAAUUUUUCAUCUAAGUUGACACACAGGAAUUAAUUGUAAAAUGUUAUUUUUGCCUGCAAACCAUGUUAAGUGCAAAUAUUUGCAUGAAGCAACAUUAUGGAAUAACACUGCAGCUGUUUUGUAAUUUUAUUGAACAAAGAAAAAUGUCUGUAACUUUCACAUUUUACUAAUUUUGCUACCACUUCACCUGCACUCAAUGUAAGCAUUUGUCUUCUGAACAAGUCGCUAAAUUUCCUGAGUUGUGGAUGAGCAGAAUUCUUGAAUUCAUCUUUAAACUGUGAUUGUUCUUAAUGAAUAAUCUAAAUCUAAUUAAUAUAGAGUUGCAGAAACUGCAGAAAAUCAUUUUCCUGUAGCUCUAACCUCUUUAAAAUAAGCAGUUAAACAAAAUGUAGCCUUUGUCCGUUUGGUUAAUCGCCAUGAUGUGGUGUAUAAACAUGGUCCCUGUAUCAUUCAGGAUUUUAAAGACAAGUUUUAUAUAAGGAUAUGGUUGAAAAAUAUCUUGAAAAGACUUAUGAUCAGUUUGUAAUCUGUUUGAGAUUUUUGUUGUUACUAGUUAAAUUUGUAUUUUUGGAGUUUUUUUAUACUCCUUUCAUGGAUGUGGGCCUCGCUGGCUUGAGUGUGUAACUCCAAAGGGAUAGAAUCAUAGAAUCCAUACAGUGUGGAAACAGGCCAUUCAGCCAAACAAGUCCACACCACCCCUUCAAAGAGCAUCUCGCCCAGACCCAUCCCCCUACCUUUUCCCCGCAACCCUGUCUAAUCCAUCAAGCUUACACACUCCUGGACGCUAAGGGCAAUUUAGUAUGGCCAAUCCACCUAACCUGCACAUCUUUGGACUGUGGGAGGAAACCGGAGAAAAUCCACAGACACAGGGAGAAUGUGCAAACUU